UUGGACAUCAGUAAAUGCAGCCAUUUUUUAUGUGACAUUACUCAGAAGGGAUAUGAAAAGAAAAAGAAUCGUUUGUUGGAACCUUACAGAAAACAAUCUGAAUCAGCAUCAUCAGCAGGCCCCAGCGCCCCAAGUCCUUCGACUGCCGCUCAGCGGAGAGCUCAUCGAAGGCUCACCCGAGAGGACAACCGAUAUCAUUCAGAAAUCCGUACGGAGGCUGUGAUGCAAGCUUUAGCUAUGCAAAAUAAGAAAGUGCCUGUGAUGCCCCUUCCAUCCAAGCGCACAUCUGUCAACUACCAUGGCCAGCAACAACAACAACAACGCAGAGAGAUGCAUGUUGAUUCAUCUUCUGAUGAUGAUGACAGUGUGUUUGAUGAAGAGAAUUCCCGUAAUGAAUUUGGUCGCAGUGGCCGAGGACGAGAGAGUGAAACCAGUUCUUCUUCACACACUGAUGCUGGGGCCUCCCCUAUCAACAAGGCAACUGAUCGACCCUACAGUGUUGCAUAUGCUAACAUCAGCAUUCCUGGCAAUACAGCUCGACAUGCUCUCGCUGAUGUUAUGCAGAAUACCCGGCAUUCCCAGCAUUACUCUCAGCCCCCAGAUGUGACUAGUAAUGCCUCCAAGAGCAUGCGUGGUGCUGACAGAGUCAACCGUUUUGGUCAGACACAUGCCUCUUCAAUUCGUGUUGGUGUCUCCACUAAUCUUUCCACUUUUGAAGAAGAAUCAGAUUCAAGACAUGGCAAAGUAUCUGCUAAAAUCCAACAGCUUUUAAACACGCUCAAGCGCCCCAAAAGAAAACCGUUGCGUGAAUUUUUUGUUGAUGAAGAUGAAGCUUUGGAAACUCCUCCACUUGAUCCAAAUGCACCCAAACCUGAGGGAGCUGAACUGACCCCAGUGGCUGGAGAACAACUUUGUAUCCCUUCGGGACUUCCCAAGAGCCUCCAAGAUGCUGUACAACGAUAUGGUUCCUCUACAUACAAAGCAAAUGCUAUUACUGUUCUGGACCAGAAUGGAAAACCCACUUUUAAUCUAACUUAUGGAAAACUUUACAGUAGAACAUAUAAAAUAGCUUAUAACUUACUAAACAAAGUGGGACAAAAAGGAGGGGAAAUCGGAAUCAAGCCUGGUGACAGGGUUGCUCUUGUCUAUCCAAACAAUGACCCAAUAUCAUUCAGCUGUGCUUUUUAUGGCUGUCUUAUUGCUGGCGUUGUUCCUGUACCUGUCGAAGUUCCUCUUACUAAAAGGUUCGAAGAGAAGGUGUAUAAUGACCCUGCUAAAGGCAAAGUGCAGACGGAAGGUGCAACCAGCCGUGGUGGGAUGGAUGCUGGUGGCCAAGGGAUUGGAUUUUUGCUGGGAAAUCUCAACGUUAAUUGGGCUCUCACUUCUGAGGCCUGUAACAAAGCCUUACCAAAAACAGCAAAUGGUGAGGUGAUCACAUUUAAAGGUUGGCCCAAACUAAAUUGGUUCGUUACUGAAAAUAUGGGCAAACCACCUAAAGACUGGGUACCUCCUCCAAAAGGUGCCGACGAUGUCCCUGCUUAUGUCGAGUAUACAACCAGCAAAGAUGGUAGCACUGUUGGUGUUACUGUUGCUCGAGGUACAAUGUUAUGCCACUGCCGUACGCUCACUGUAGCUUGUAAUUACACAGAAGGGGAAGUGAUGGUGUGUGUUCUUGAUUUCAAACGAGAUGUUGGAUUAUGGCAUGGCAUCCUAUGUAGUGUUUUUAAUGGGAUGCAUGUGAUUUUUAUUCCGUAUUCUUUGAUGAAAGUUGACCCUGCUUCCUGGAUGAAAAUGGUUACUAAAUACAAAGCUGCCGUAGCUGUUGUGAAAUCCCGUGAUAUGCAUUGGGGUUUAUUGGCUCAAAAAGACCACAAAGAUGUCAACUUUAAUUCUCUGCGUAUGUUGCUGGUCGCUGAUGGUGCCAAUCCAUGGUCUCUUACUUCCUGUGAUUCUUUCCUGAGUGUGUUCCAGUCCAAAGGUUUGAAGUCUGAGAGUAUUUGUCCCUGUGCUGGAUCUUGUGAAGCUCUUACUGUAUCGGUUCGAAGGCCUGGUAAGACUGGGAGCACUACUUCAGGCCGUGGUAUCCUGUCAAUGCAGGGACUCAGCUAUGGUGUCGUCAGAGUAGACAGUGAAAAUAGCCUGACAUCACUAACAUUACAAGACUGCGGCCAGGUGAUGCCAGGCGCUGUGAUGGUAGUAAUUCAGACUGAGGGUCUUCCCUACCUAUGUAAGACUGAUGAGGUUGGGGAGCUGUGUGUAUAUGCUGGGUACACUGGAGGCAGCUACUGGGGACUGCAGGGACUCAGCAGCAAUACAUUCCAGGUUCAGCCUCUGCGAAGUGAUGGCCGGCCAAUUGGAGAUAAAUUAUUUGUUCGAACAGGUCUACUUGGAUUUUUAGGCCCAGGAGGCUUAGUGUUUGUUUGUGGCAGUAAGGAAGGUUUGAUGACAGUGUCUGGAAGAAGACAUAAUACUGACGACAUCAUUGCCACAGUUUUAGCUGUGGAACCAAUGAAAUUUAUAUACAGAGGGAGAAUCGCUGUUUUUUCAAUUAAUGUGUUGAAAGAUGAAAGAAUUGUGAUUAUUGCUGAACAAAGACCUGAUUGUUCAGAAGAGGAGAGUUUCCAGUGGAUGAGCCGGGUGCUACAGGCCGUAGAUAGCAUCCACCAAGUUGGGGUGUAUUGUUUAGCUCUAGUCCCACCAAAUUAUUUGCCAAAGACCCCUCUUGGUGGCAUCCAUCUGUAUGAGACAAAGGCCAAGUUCCUGGAUGGAUGCUUGCAUCCUGCCAAUGUCCUCAUGUGUCCACACACGUGUGUGACUAACCUGCCAAAACCACGGGAACACCAUCCUGAUGUUACCCCGUCAGCUGUACAUGUUGGUAACAUUGUGCAAGGAAUGAGACUAGCCUGGGCACAAGGCCGUGAACUCAUCAAUUGUGAUGAUGAUGGUGACCAAGGAAAAAAACAUCAAUUUUUGACAGAAAUUCUUCGAUGGCGUUCACAAACUACACCUGACCAUGUUGUCUUCACCUUGCUUAAUUCAAAGGUGCAACCAGCAUUAGUGAUGACAUGUUCUCAAUUACACAAGAAAGCUGAGCGCAUUGGCUGUUUACUCAUGGAAAAAGGCCGACUUAACACAGGCGACCAUGUUGCACUUAUCUAUCCACCUGGAUUGGACUUGGUUUGUGCAUUUUAUGGUUGCCUUUAUAUUGGCUGUGUACCUGUCACAAUUAGACCUCCUCAUCCUCAGAAUGUGGCCACAACACUCCCUACUGUUCGAAUGAUUGUUGAAGUAAGCAAAUCUGUAGCCAUCCUCACCAAUAAUCCAAUAAUCAAACUGCUGAAAAGUAAGGAAGGAGGUGCUGUUGUAGAUCCUAAGACUUGGCCGCAGCUGUUAGACACAGAUGACUUAGGCAAAAAGAAGUUAGCAGCAGUUUAUCGAGCCCCAACCCCAGAGAUGAUCUGCUAUCUUGAUUUUAGUGUAUCAACAACAGGAAUGCUUGCCGGUGUCAAGAUGUCUCAUGCUGCUGCCACUGCUCUAUGUCGAUCUCAAAAGCUCCAAUGCGAGCUAUAUCCCUCCAGAGAUGUAGCCCUCUGCCUUGACCCUUACUGUGGAUUAGGCUUUGUGCUAUGGUGUUUAAGUAGCAUCUAUUCAGGCCACCACUCUAUCUUGAUUCCCCCUUCAGAAGUUGAAGCAAACCCUGCAGUGUGGCUGACUGCUGUCCAUAAUUAUAAAACUCGCGAUACAUUCUGUUCCUAUGGAGUGAUGGAGCUUUGUACAAAAGGUUUGGGAACAUCUACCUCUGCUCUCAAAGCCCGUGGCAUUAAUUUGUCUUGUGUCAGAACAUGCUGUGUGAUUGCCGAAGAGAGACCCAGAAUUCAGCUGACAACAUCUUUCACCAAACUUUUUGCCAAUCUGGGUCUGGCCCCACGAGCUGUCAGCACAAGUUUCGGCUGCAGAGUGUGCAUUGGAGUUGGUUUACAGGGAGCUUCCAGUCCAGAACCUUCAACUGUGUAUGUAGAUUUACGUGCACUUAGAAAUGAUAGAGUGACUCUGGUGGAGAAAGGAAGCCCUCACAGUUUGUGUUUACGGGAAUCUGGGAAGCUCCUUCCAGGCGUUAAGGUUGUGAUUGCCAACCCUGAAACCAAAGGGCAAUGUGCUGAUUCCCAUCUUGGUGAGAUCUGGGUGAGCAGCCCUCACAAUGCCACUGGUUAUUAUAGCAUCUAUGGUGACGAUUCUCUGCACACUGAUCAUUUUGACUCAAAAUUGGCCACUGGAGAUAUUCACACUACCUAUGCCAGAACAGGCUUCCUUGGCUUUAUUCGUCGUACAGAAUUGACUCAGUCUGAUGGAGUUUUUAAUGAGCAGAACCCUGGCCAACCACAGACUCUUCCGUCACCAUCAGAGAGACACGAUGCCAUAUUUGUGGUUGGCAGUCUGGAUGAGACCAUAAUGUUGCGUGGUAUGAGAUACCAUCCGAUUGAUGUAGAAAACAGCGUCCUGCGAUGUCAUCGCAAAAUCUGUGAAUGUGCUGUAUUCACGUGGACCAAUUUACUGGUUGUCGUUGUUGAACUGGAUGGCAAUGAAAACGAGGCUCUUGACUUAGUUCCAUUGGUCACUAAUGUUGUCCUGGAGGAACACUACCUAAUUGUUGGCGUUGUUGUCGUGGUCGACCCAGGAGUUAUUCCUAUCAACUCUCGUGACUGCUCUAUUCGCACUGGCCGGCCGAGCUCCCCACAAUCACUGCUCUUUUUAGGUGAUAACAGCCCCCCCCUACUUUUUUUCCUCUUUGUCUCUCUCUCUCAUAAAAUGCUCUCUCUUUUCAUGGCUUGUCCAUUGUUCCUUGGGCUGGUGGGACUUAAUGCACCAAAAGAAGAAACUUAA